AUGGGUUCAUCCGUUACAACAGAAGAUCUAAAAGCGUUUCACUCGAUGGAUAGAGAGCUCUUCAAGCGACUUGUGGUCAAUAGUCGUCGGGACUUGGUUAUAUAUAUGCAAGCUAUUGCAUUCUGGAUCUAUCUUGAGGAGAUAGGGUAUCCCAAUAUUGUUCAGAAACUGCUUAGGUUGAAUGAUGUGGUGGUUAAUAAUAUACUCGACGAAGCAAUUUAUUGUCUUUGUUGUCUUCAAUCUGUGACACCACUGGUACCGGUAGUCUACAUUUCUGAUUUGCCAUUUACCCAUGAAGUAAUGGGGGAAGAGGCAAAAGGUUUGUCAGCAGUGUGUCGCGACAGGAUUAGUGCUCUAACCAGGAUCAAUCAGACUGUCAACCAAGCAUUUUCUAGGGCUUUCACUGAUAUCAUGGAACAGGUUGUUGGAAGAAACUCUGCUCAGUAA